UCUGAGCCCGAACCUGAAAGCGCGGUACCGUCUUCUGCAGUUAGCGUCAGCCGAAAAGGGAAUCAAAUGGAACUGGAAGCGUGAGACGAAGUUUUAAUUCAAUCGGAAAUGGUGGUCCUUAGAUCUCUCCGACGCUCUGCGGCCACUUUCACUGCCGUAUCGGGCCUCCGCUCAUCGCGCUCCGCCGCCGCCGCAAACCACCUGUCGCGGAGCUUCUUCGCCGGCGUUUCUUCGUCUCCUUCCUCUAGAGUCCCUUAUGUCUGCAAGUCUCCUCGUGCCAUUGACAUUGGUAAAGUGCGCUACUUCAGCGAAGACGUGGCUCACAUGCCCGAGAUAAAAGACACUGAUGUUCAGAAUGCUUUCAAAGAUCUGAUGGCUGCGAGUUGGGCAGAGCUACCGGCUGCUGUUGUACAUGAUGCAAAAAUUGCGGUUUCCAAGAACACAGAUGACAAGGCGGGUCAAGAGGCCUUGGCAAAUGUCUUUCGAGCAGCCGAAGCUGUAGAGGAGUUCGGGGGGAUUCUCACUUCCAUAAAGAUGGAUAUUGAUGAUAGCAUCGGACUGAGUGGGGAGGAUGUAAAACCUUUGCCAGAUGCUAUGGCCAAUGCACUUCGUACUGUUUAUCAGCGGUAUGCUGACUAUCUCGACUCCUUUGGGCCCGACGAAGUCUACUUGAAGAAAAAGGUUGAGAUGGAGUUGGGGACAAAGAUGAUCCAUUUGAAGAUGAGAUGCAGUGGGCUCGGUUCAGAGUGGGGAAAGGUUACGGUUCUUGGAACCUCGGGGCUCUCGGGAUCUUAUGUGGAGCAAAGAGCUUAAUGGGUGGAAAAGGCUCGGGAAUGAGAGCAUUUCUGCUCUGUUGUUUGUUGCAUUUUCUUGUGUAUGUAUGGAAUCAUAAAGGUCAGUUCACUGUCCCUUCCAACUGAACUUGGAGCUUUACAUUGUUUGGAAAAUAAAGUUAUAGCUCCGGCUUUUUAACGAUCAAUCCAAUUCUUCGGGUUUGCUUUC